CGGUCAUUGUGUGCUUACCAAUUUGGCUCGCUGUCACUUGAAGCUCAAUCUUUGUUUCGGAGAUGGCGAAGCCAUUGCUUGCUCUGAUGUUUCUUCUCUACUUCGCUCUUCACGCCACCGAUGAUUCUUCCGAUCGUUCCACCGAGCAUUCGAUUCUCCAUCGCGCUUCGUCGGAGCAGAGGACCUUGUGCUCUCAACUCGUCGAACCUGCUGGCUAUCCUUGCGAGGAGCAUAAGAUUCAAACGAAGGAUGGCUUUUUGUUGGGUCUUCAACGUGUAUCUUCAUACGAUGGAGAUUUGAAAAAAAUAAAAGGCCCUCCAAUUUUGCUCCUCCAUGGACUUCUCAUGGCAGGCGAUGCAUGGUUUUUGAAUUCUGCGGAACAAUCUUUAGGCUUCAUCCUUGCUGAAAAUGGAUUUGAUGUGUGGAUAGGAAAUGUGCGUGGAACACGGUGGAGUCAUGGGCAUAUAUCGCUAUCGGAGCAUGAUAAGAAAUUUUGGAAUUGGAGUUGGGAAGAUUUGGCUCUGUAUGAUCUCGCAGAAAUGAUUGACUACAUAAAUUCAUUAACAGACAGGAAAGUUUAUGUUGUUGGGCAUUCACAGGGAACAAUCAUAUCUUUUGUUGCUCUUACCCAACCAGACAUAGCCAAGAAAGUUGAAGCAGCUGCUCUUCUUAGUCCUAUAUCGUACUUGGACCAUAUCACUGCUCCAUUAGUACGUCUAAUGGUUGACUUGCAUCUUGAUACGAUGAUUCUUACAAUGGGAUUUCAUCAGCUUAACUUUAAAAGUGAUUGGGGAACAAACCUUUUAGAUAUGCUUUGUGAUCAGCUCGUUGACUGCAACAAUAUUCUAAGUUCAAUAACAGGGAAGAACUGUUACCUCAAUGGCUCACGUUUUGACUUCUUUUUUGAAUUCGAACCACAUCCAACAUCUGCAAAAAACCUACACCAUCUUUUCCAGAUGAUCCGCAAGGGUACUUUUUCCAGGUAUGACUAUGGAUUGUUAAACAAUCUGAGAGUGUAUGGUCGUUCAAAGCCUCCUGCAUUCGAUCUCCGCCGUAUUCCAAAGUCGUUGCCGCUGUGGAUGGCGUAUGGUGGCAAUGACGAGUUGUCAGAUUGGACAGAUCUGCAGCACACCAUCAAGGAGUUGGAUUCGGUACCAGAAUUGGUUUACCUUGAGAAUUAUGGUCAUGUAGACUUCAUUUUGAGUGUGAGAGCCAAGGAAGAUGUGUAUGAUCCUAUGAUCAAAUUCUUUAAAUCCUUGGGGAAGUCCAGUAGUUUGUAAAGUGAAUGAUGGUCAAUGUAAAUUAUGAUAGAAUGUGAACGGUGUUUUUCCAGUCCAAAAAAUGGGAUUCCGGUAAGAUUGAUAAGCCAAAAUGGCCACAAUCUUCAAAGUCAUAAAGCAUCGGAAAAAGACCUUGUAAAUGUUUACAAAGGUUUACAAUAGAGAUGAGCUAUCGAGUAUUCA